AUGUUGCCCAAACCGACGAAACCGACCCGAGAGAAACAUCUUUUUCCUGAAUCAGAAGAUAAAUCGUGGAUCAGCGACGAGAAUUUUAGAACGAUCGUUAGAUCGACGUUCCCUUCUUCGGUGUGCUGCAACGUUUUCCUGAGUGAUUCGAUGGGGGAUUCGAAAGCACUGUUCAGCCAAUUCAGAAGUAUCUAUCCAUACGAGUACCUCUUGAAACGGAGCACCUACGAAUGCGACGGAUACUUUUUGCUGGGAUCGAGUGACAACGAGAUCGUGGAACCCGUGGAAAAAAUAUCGUUACUGUGGAAGACAGAGAUUCCGAUUGUUUUGAAUAACGAUGUUCCCGAUGAUUCUAGCCUGCUUAAUAAUUCCGCGUACGGAAUUGCAAAUGUGAAUAUCGUUUCGACGUCAGGUACAUGGAGACUGUCGGAGAACUACCUGAAACCCAGAGCAUUCGUUAAAAUCAACAGGUACGAGGAAACGCGGCACGAGAACAACAUCAAUUUUCGCGGCAGAGAGUUACAAGUUUGCAGUAUCUAUCGGCCACCCAUGACAUACUUAAAUCACACGAUCGUGGAAACGAUCGAUGGUGAGCAAGCAGAGGUGUUCGUAAUGGACAACGCCACGGAUUGGAACGGGAUCGAGACGCGGCUGUUCUUGAUUAUGGCGGAAAAACUGAAUUUCACGUGGACCAUAAGGAAACCAGAAGGAGGAUACACAUACGGCAGAAGAGUUAACGAGACACUCUGGAAGGGUGGAAUGAUACAAAUGUUACGAGAGAAAAAAGUAGACAUGGCGUUUGCUAAUAUCUGGUUGACACUGGAUCAAAGCACCUUCGUGCACUUGUCCGAACCUUGAUACCAAGUGCACAUUCACUUCUUGGUUCCUCGUCCUCGUCGAAGAACAAGCUUCUGGGCACUCGGUAGACCGUUCUCUGGAGAAGUUUGGUACUUGCUACUGUCUGCCUUACUUUUCCACAGUUUUUACACAUAUAUUCGUGCCUGGAUCGAUCCUACAUUCCCAAAACGAUUUAGAAAUUUUCCAAUUACUCUAAUCGAUCUAAUCGGCUGUCUGCUAAGCAGCUCAGUGCCGAAAAUUCGCGUGACCAACAAACUGCAGACACUUCUGUGGCAGACCGCAGGCUGGUUAAUAAUUGCAGCCUAUUACAGCAGCCUCGCGGCCAGGCUCUCAAGUUCAGACUACGAGAGAAGAAUCGAUACCGUGGAACAAUUCCUCGCGGCGAAUUUGUCGUGGGGGAAUAUGGGUCAGGUGCCACCAUUUCGCGAUUACUUCGAUCUGACGAAUCCGUACGCAUCGCAGCUUCCAAACAAGUAUUGUUACAUAAAGAACAGCGCGCAAUUGAGGCGAUUAAUUAUGGACGGUAAUUACGCGAUUCUAGGAAAGAUCGUAGGAGUGAGAUUUUUCCUGGACGACUACGUGUCGAACGACGAUCUGAAGAAUUACAGGCUUAUGAAGCAAUCGGUGGGAAACUUUUACUUCUCUUUGCUUCUGGAGCCUGUAAACAGCAUAAUGCUGUGUUUGAAGGAAACUGGCAUCACUAUCUGGCAUUUACGAGAUGUCAUUCGCAGUCGGGCAAGCUAUAAUCUUCACGAAGUUCUCGUGGAGCAUGACGGAUACGACGGAAGUGUGCAAGUCCUCGGAUUGACGCCACUAGGCGCUGGAUUUUCGUUGUUGCUCGUUGGCACGUCGAUAGCGACUCUGGUUUUUUAUUUAGAGUUGAAACGAGCCGCUGGUUCGUCCUCUGUUCGCCAAUUUCUUCGAGAAAUCGACGGAAAACGCGGGGAAAAUGAGUGA